AUGGCGAAGGCUAUUAUUAGACAUAACCUCCCAUUUAGUGAUGUAGAAUAUGAAGGUGUUAGAGAAGUGCAUUCUUUCUUAAAUUCUACUGUUAAAACCAUUUCAAGAAAUAUCGCAAAAGUUGUUGUGCUUAGAUUAUAUCAUGAUAAAAUGGAGAUAGUCAAGAAUGAGCUUCAAGCUAUUCCGAAUAGAAUUUGUGUUGUGGAUCCCUUGAUUGAACAUUUUAAGAUGAUAGAUUCUUUCCUUUGUGAUGGAGAUUUUGUCCACAUCAGGUGUGCAAAUCAUAUUUUGAAUGUGGUUGUCAAAGCUGGUUUGAAAACAAUUGAGAGUGCUAUUUUUAACAUUAGAGAAAGUAUAAAAUAUAUUAAAGGUUCCGAGUCAAGGAUUGUGAAAUUUGUAGAGUGUAUUAAGAACCUUGGUUUAAAUAUGAAUGGAAAAUUGUUUCAAGAUAUGUGUACAAGAUGGAACUUUACAUACUUGAUGCUUGAUAGUGCUUUUCCUUAUCGUCGAGCAUUUUCUAACUUCAAGCUACUUGACAGAGAUUUUAAAUGUUGUCCUUCAAAUGAUGAUUGGGUUGAAGCUGAAAAAAUUGCCAAGUUUUUGAGGCCUUUUUAUGAAAUCACUAUAUUGUUUUCAGGAAUCCAUUAUCCUACUGCUAAUUUACAUUUUCAUAAAUUUUGGAAAAUUCAUAUGUUGAUACUAGAAGAAAAAUAUAGUGAAGAUCCUAAUAUUAAAGAGAUUGCUAUUGAAAUGGAGAAGAAGUUUGCAAAUUAUUGGGAGGAUGACUAUAGUCCAAUUGCUUCAAUGGCUGUAGUUCUUGAUCCUCGGUACAAGUUAAAAUUGGUGAAGUUUUGCUUUAAGAAACUUGAUCCUUUGACUUGCAAUGAAAAGGUAAGUGUUGUUGAAGAUAAUUUACGUAGAUUGUUCAAAGAAUACAAGACAACAUCUGAUGUUGAAAUGGUUGGAAGCAAUAGUCAUGGAUGUGAUGGUGAGAUGCUGGAUGACGUGGAGGAAUUUGAUAUGUUUGAAAGUCCGUGUUAG